UCUGAAAACAUUUUAAGGUUAUGUUGCAGACUUUUAUUUUUUGCCUUGUUUAAGCCCAAAUAGUGCAAAAUGUCGUUUUUCUACCACCCUGUGUUAUAAAACAUUCAUUGUUAGGGCUCCUCGUCGCUUGACCACCCCCACAAUGUCUCGCGAAGUCAACUACGACCGCAAAUACCAGGAGGACUUGGAGCGGGCCCAAGCCCUAAGUCUGGAGUCCCUCGCCUUGGAACAGUUCAAAAAUAAACGCCUGCAAGAGCUCAAUAGUAAAAACGUCUCAGUCUCAAGGGCCUCAUCAAUGAACGCAACCGCCAACCCGCGCCCCCGUCCCGGCCCCUCCGCCGCCACCUCCCCUUCCACCCUCCUCGCACCGCCGCCCCGCAAAACCUCCGCACACGACAGCCCCGAUCUGAUUUCGUUCGCCAACCCCCCGACCACCACGUACCCCCAUGUGGGGUGGGUGACACCCCAGAUGUGGUACCGCCCCCCGGCGCUGCCCCCCAAGAACCAGCACCGGCCCCCGCCCCCGAGACCCACAGUGCGCCCCCAUGAUCUCAUCAAUUUGGCCCACGAAGACACCAAUAGUGUCCGGGUUAGCAUUUUGCAGGAAUUUGACCCGAUUUUAUCCUCCGGGGAAUACCCGGAUUUGAGGACGGUAAGUCCGGAUUUUGCCGAUGAUGGCGCUUCGGUCUACGACGAUUACGACCCCUAUGAUAUCUACACGGGCUCGGGGAAUAACAGUAUGUGUGAUCCGGUGUAUGCUAAGACAGCCCCCCAGUCGCCGCCCCCGUUGCCCCCACGGGGGUAUCUCACCGAUAAGUUGAACCUUUUGGAUGGGAUUGUACGAGUGGGUGAAAAAAAUGCACAAAGGGAUUCGGAUUUGAAGGGAUUUUAUAAUAUGGUCAAGAGUGUGAGGGGGAAGUACCGAUUUAAUGAUCCUGAUACUAAUAUGGGAUUGGUGAUAAGUCCCAUGGUUGAUUAUGAAUACAAGGAUGGGACGAGUAUUAAAUUGUGUGUUUACCCCGAUUUCGAGGGGGCUGAUAUCAAUAAACCGAUCAAUUUUACCUGCGAUGUUAAUUGCAGCAUCGAACACGUGACUUUACAACUGACUUGCGACCUCGACGCCCCUUCUAAAGACAAAUACACCCUUAAAGUGUGGGGUUGUAAUGAGUACCUCGUCCCCACCACAUUUCUAUCAGACUAUGAGUACGUCCAUAAUUGCAUCAAACUCGAAGAAGACAUUCUUUUAACCCUAAUACCCGAUUCUAAAGUCGAUAAGUCAUUCGCACGAACGCUCCAGGAUGAUAACCGUGACCGUGAUUUGACCUACGAAGAUGUCAUACCCAAUGACAGUACCAUUCAUUUGACAUAUGACAAUCUAGUGAUCCUUUUGGAAACAGUUGAAAAUGAAAUGAGGAAAUUGGAAGAGGCGGCUUUGCAAAUCGAAAAAUGCAACAGCCCUUUGACAAUGCCGGCCCUUCAACCCUUGAAGGUCAUCCAAUCGGCGAAAUGCGUCAUCAACCUUAUGGGUAAUCUAAGCACACUUGAUCUAACAUCGGCCGUUGAUGAUUUACAGAGGAUCACGACGAGUCGACCACUUCAAUCGCCGUUUAACGACGCGAUUUCGAGUACUUGUAAUCGAAUCCGAUUAGCGAUUCAGAAUCUCAUUGAAAUGUACUCGCAAGCGUUUAAAGUCGACUUUGAGGUGAAGAAAAACGUGACAAAUGAACCUGUGAAAUACGUAUCCGAUAUAAUGGAAUCGUUGGUGAUUCGUGUUUGUGCGAUUUAUCGGCCGAAUGUCGAAUGGAAGCAUGAUUCGUUUAUGGUCGCUGCCCAGAUAUACCAUGGUACUAGACCCAUGGGUCAUCCUGUUUUGUCACAACCUUGUGUUAAAACCGAGGGGGAUCAUAGAUGGCCGGCGAGGAUUAUUAUCGAUCAUUGGUUUGAUAUGAUGGAUGUGCCCAUAAGUGCCCUUGCGAGAGAAUCAAGACUGAAACUUGUCAUUUAUGGACGUACCAUUGAACCAUCAGAUGAUGCCCAGAAUGAACCCAAAUAUAACCAAGAGGAAAUCGGAUGGGCGAGUGUACAAUUCUUCACAUACGAUGGAACCAUGGUUCAAGGCAACGUCAUUCUAUCAAUAUGGCCGCCCGAUUCGCAAUUCCUCCAUGGAGCACCACCAGCAUUUGGUACCCAUCCCACACCCGAUCAUCCAAUGAUGGACAUCCAAAUCGCAGGUGGCCAACCCAAAACCGAAUUCCCGAAGGUGCCACCCGAUCUGAUACGAAACGUCGUCAAAGGCGACUUUCAAAGUUUAGAUCGUUCAACCCAACAACAACUUGUCGAUAUUUGUGAACAAGAUAUGUUAUGUAAACUACCACCACAAUUACGUGAAGUACUAUGGGAGAAACGUCACUAUUUGUACCAUAUACCACAAGCACUACCAAAAGUACUACUCGCCGCCCAUAGUUGGGAAUAUGCCUUUUUGCCCGACCUACACGGCAUGUUAUAUGCCUGGCAACCCUUACCACCGAUCCAAGCCCUUCAAUUGUUACUACCAACUUUCCCAGAUCUAGAGGUCCGUAAAAUGGCAAUUCGCUGGAUCAACGGCUUAACCAACGACGAAUUGGUUGACUUUUUGCCCCAAUUGGUUGUAGCCCUCCGUCACGAGACCUAUGAGAAUUCGCCACUUGCUCAAUUCCUAUUGGACCGUUCAUUACGCUCGCCCCGAUUGGCCCACCACCUCUUCUGGUUGCUAAGUCACGCCCUUCCCGGUUCCAACCCACAAAAUUUCACACCGGAAUUAUGCGAUGAGAUCACAGUCGCCGAGGUGCGUCAUCAUCGUCGUAUGAAACUCAUGUUGAGGGCCCUAUUGGCGAUUUGUGGUGAUUCGCUUCGCAAUUGUUUUCUAUCACAACAACUACUCGUCAAAGAUUUGAAUGAUUUAGCUGAAACUGUGAAAAAAACAAAAGAAUCACAGCGAACACAAGUUUUAUAUAAUCGUUUGCGAUUGGUCGAUGCGAAUCUUGCUGAUAAUCCGACGAGUUUGCCUUUAAGUCCAACAUUGAGAGUUACAGGAGUUGAGAUUAAAUCGUGUUUUUAUUUUCCCUCGAAUACUUUACCAUUGAAGAUUAGUUUUGUUGAUGGACGAGGGACUGUAAUACCGGCGAUUUAUAAAGUAGGCGAUGAUUUGCAACAAGAUAUGUUGACGUUGCAAAUGGUGAGAUUGAUGGAUAAGUUGUGGUUGAAUAAAGGGUUGGAUUUGAAGAUGGUGGCGUUUGUUUGUGUGCCCACCGGGAAAAAGAAAGGCAUGAUCGAAAUGGUGACGAAAGCUGAAACUUUGCGUAAAAUCCAAGUCGAACACGGUUUAACCGGUUCAUUUAAGGAUAAACCGAUCGCCGAAUGGUUGGCCAAACACAAUCCCUCCGAAUUGGAGUAUCAGAGGGCUGUGGAAAAUUUCACAGCCUCCUGUGCCGGUUAUUGUGUCGUAACUUAUAUUUUAGGUAUAUGUGAUCGACACAACGAUAAUAUCAUGUUGAAAACUUCCGGUCAUUUAUUUCACAUCGAUUUUGGGAAAUUUCUUGGCGAUGCUCAAAUGUUUGGAAAUUUUAAACGAGACCGUGCCCCUUUUGUCUUGACCUCUGACAUGGCUUAUGUAAUCAACGGUGGCGACCGUCCAUCGGAAAAAUUCCAUAAAUUCGUCGAUUUGUGCUGCCAAGCCUUUAACAUAAUCCGAGACAACGCCAACUUGUUUCUUUACUUAUUCACACUUAUGGCGUCGUCUGGAAUUUGUGGUAUGACACCUGAAUCGGUGAUAUAUUUGCAUAAAGCUCUACUUCCACAUAUGUCAAAUCCGGAAGCCGCCGCCUACUUUGCACGUUUGAUUGAAAGUUCACUCAAAUCGUGGUUCACUCAAUUCAAUUUUUUCUUGCACAAUUUGGCACAAAUGAAAUUUGGGAGUGAUCAUGAUCAAGGUUCAUUGUUGUCGUUUGUACCUAAAAGGUACAGUAUGGCAACUGAUGGUAAAUUGGUACAUGUCCAAGUUGUCAGUUAUAAGAAACGUUAUGAUCCUGAUAAAUAUUAUGUUUAUGUUUUGAGAGUGACAAGAGAAGGUGAUAAGAGUGAUAUGGAGAUACAUAGGACCUAUAAGGAGUUUUGCGAAUUGCAUCAAAAAUUGUGUAUUUAUUUUCCCUUGGCCAAGUUACACAGUUUGACAACUGGUCUCCACGUGGGCCGUUCAAACAUCAAACAAGUGGCCGAAAAAAGGUACCAAGAGGUCAGUUCUUUCAUAACAUCGUUAUUCAAGUGUGCUGAUGAGAUCGCCCACUCUGAUCUAGUCUAUACUUUCUUUCAUCCGCUAUUAAGGGACCAGAAAAGUCCGGAGGAUUACGCCCGAAAAAAAGACCGGAAAUCCUCACGAAACCAAGUCGGACGGUUAAAAGGACAGCUGAAACUGUCCUUCCAAUUUUCGAAGGGUGUUUUCCGGGUCAUGGUAUACCAUGUCCGUGAUCUACCAUUACUGACCAAUGGGCAAGAACCAUCAACUUAUGUCAAAGUGUAUCUCAGACCUGAUACUUGUAAAGAAACCAAACGGAAAACAAAGGUUGUGAAAAAAAAUUGUCAUCCGAGUUUUGUCGAAAUGUUGGAGUAUCGGAUGGCGUUUGAAGUGAUACGUGAAAAGAGUCUCCAAGCCACAGUUUGGAAUUACGAUGCGUUACAAGAAAACGAAUAUCUAGGCGGCGUUGAAUUACAAUUGAGCAAUUUUGAUUUAACCAAAGAGACCAUCGAAUGGUACCCAUUGGUCAAUCUGAGUAGAUAGCAAUUGUUUUAAUGAGAUUUAACGGUUUUAUUUAUUGUAUUUAUACCAAAGUUAUAUGAAAUAUAGCAUUCCUUGAUGUAUU